UUGGACACCAGUGGUGCUAUCAGUCACAGAAGUGUGCACAGCCACACUGCAAAGCUCCUCAACAAUGGUAUUUAAUAGAUGCCAACUGCAAAGGGAACAAACAGUCACCUAUCAAUAUUGUCACCAAAAAUGUCAUCUACAACAAGAACCUUAAGCCACUGAAUUUUGAAGGAUAUGAUGUGAAGGAGUCUUCAAAAUGGAACAUAGAAAACAAUGGACAUACAGUUAAAGUAGCAUUAAGCUCAUCCCCUAAAAUUGGAGGUGGAGGUCUGGGAAGAAAAUACAAGGCGAUAGAAUUUCAUUUGCACUGGGGAGUCCUGGAUAUGCAGACAUACCUUCCUGGGUCAGAGCACAGCAUAGAUGGAGAAAAAGAAGCCAUGGAGCUUCAUGUUGUCCACAUAAGAGAAGAUGCUGCGGAUAUAACAGAAGCGAAGAAAAGUGCAGAUGGUGUGGCUGUGUUGGCAUUCUUUGUAAAGGUUGAAGAAGAAAAUAAAAACUAUGCAACUCUAGUCAAGGAAUUAGAGAAUAUUAAAUACAAAGGGCAAACGACACAGAUGGACCCUUUGCCACUGAGUUCUCUUCUCCCGCCUGAGGAAGACCUUGGAAGGUACUAUCGGUAUGAGGGCUCCCUCACCACUCCUGACUGUUACGAGGGUGUCACCUGGACCAUAUUUGAGAAGCCAAUUGAACUCAGCUUUUCUCAGAUUUCUCAGUUUUCAGCACUCCACUUUGAUGGGAGGAACUCAACUUACAUGACCGAAAACUUCCGGCCUGUUCAGCUCCUGAAUGAGCGCAAGGUGUACUGGUCCAGUGCCAGCACGCUCCUGCCUGCUGCUAAGGUUUUAAUGUUGGUCCUGAUGCUUACGUACAUCCUGAGUUCUCUUUCCCAAUGA